GUGACUCCUCUCGAACAUAGGCGAUCUUUGACGUGACGUCACGGCCGAGAAAACAUGGCGAACAUUCGGUGUGUCAAGGGUAUGGUUGGCCUGGUGUCGGGCGGUGCCUCUGGUUUGGGCCGGGCCACCGUGGAGCGUCUGGUGCAGAGCGGAGCGUCUGCCGUGAUCCUGGACCUGCCCUCCUCCGAUGGACAAGCUCUGGCCGAAAGUCUGGGAGAACGCUGUGCCUUCGCUCCUGCAGACGUUACAUCAGAAGCAGACGUGCAGUCAGCUGUUUCCCUCGCCAAGGAGAAGUUUGGGAAGCUGGACCUGGCCGUUAACUGUGCCGGCAUCGCCGUGGCCGUCAAGACCUACAACUUUAAAAAGGAUCUUCCUCACAGCCUGGAGGACUUCCAGCGUGUUAUCAACGUGAACAUUGCAGGAACCUUUAAUGUGAUUCGUCUUGCUGUGGGUGAGAUGGGGAAGAACGAGCCGGACGCAGACGGACACAGAGGAUGUAUCAUUAACACUGCCAGCGUGGCAGCCUUUGAUGGACAGGUCGGCCAAGCAGCUUAUUCAGCUUCUAAAGGUGGUAUUGUUGGAAUGACGCUCCCCAUCGCACGAGACCUGGCGCCCAUGGGCAUCAGAGUCAUCACCAUAGCACCUGGUCUCUUCUCCACUCCUCUCCUGGCCGGUCUUCCAGAGAAGGUGCGCUCUUUUCUCGCUCGCCAGGUGCCCUUCCCCCCGCGCCUGGGAGACCCCGCCGAGUUUGCCCACCUGGUGACAUCACUGGCCGAGAACCCCAUGAUUAAUGGAGAAGUCAUUCGACUGGACGGAGCCAUUCGCAUGCAGCCCUGAGACAGACGUGUGUGUGUGUGUGUGUGUGUGUGUGUGUGUGUGUGUGUGUCUGCCUGCCUGGUGGCUUCCUGUUGUAGAAAGCUGCGUUCAGUAAAUAUAAACUUAUGAAUCACCAACACUGUUUUGUGUGUGAGACUGUGAAAGUGUGUAAAAAUGAGACUGUGCAUCGUUCAGAUCAUUGCAGUACUUUGUGAACUCCACUUUGGUUGUUUUGUAAACUAAUCCAGAUUAUAAUAAACCUCUGAUGGGUUUGAUUAUCUACA